AUGGCCGUUAUUAUUGGUUGCACUUCGUCCCGUGACGUCUGGACCUCUCUGACUCGCGCCUAUAGUCAUGCCUCGAAGGCUCGAGAACUCGGCCUGAAGGACGAUCUUCUCUCUGUCAAGCGUGGGGAUCUCUCCAUUUCUAAAUAUGGACAGCAUUUCAAGGCAAUUUGUGACAAACUUGCUUCCAUCAUUCGGUCUAUUGAUUCGACUGACAAAUCUCACUGGUUCCUACGAGGUUUGGGGCCUGCUUUUUCGACGUUCACGGCCGUGCAACUUGCUCAGGAGCCUCUUUCUGAAUUCGACACACUUCUUGCCCGCGCUAAAAGUCACCAAUUUUUCCAACGUUCAUCUGACAUCUCGCCACGUCCUCUUCGGUUGUCUUUUAUGCUGCUCCUCAGGCCUGUCCUCCGACCUCGUCUCAGCCACAAGGAAUCUUCAAGAAAAAUAAAGGCAAAGGUCGUCGUCCGCCGUGGUGCUAUUUCUGCCGUAAAGAGAACCAUGAUGCAUGGGACUGUCCUAGACAUUUUGACCGCUCUUUCACUCGGCCUUCCCGAUCCUCUACUACAGCUAAUCUGGUCGAAGCACUAUCAUAAAGUUGCUCUAUAUCGCAACCUAAUGUUUCUGAUUGGUACUUAG